AUUUGAGCCAAAAGAUGUCUUUAAGUACCUAUCCGUCACUUGACAUUUGAUACGAGCCUAAUGGCUCAUUCUAAACUUCUUUCAGAAAUGGAACGCACCGGUAGAGUGACUCGACGGAACCCGACUGGCCAGGUGCUGGGAGGAUCCCAACGUGGCAGUCAGGGGGGAUCAAGAGAGUCUGGGGGACAGGGCCGAGCAGGCCACUCGCUGACCGUGAGUGACGGUCACGUGGAAACAAUAGAUGAGCACUAUGAGUCCGAGGAGGAUUCAACUUACCAACCGGGAACUGAGCCGGUUGACACCCCAUAUGAUGGGGAACACGAUGAUGCUAGUGAUGAGAGUGAUGAUAAUGACGCUCUUGAACGGAUUGAGGAAUUGCUCCGGCAAUACCAACAAGAUCGCCAAAGGCGCCGGGCAAGGCGUGCUUUGGAAGGGGCUUCGAGGAGAGGAAGCCGCGCGACUCCUAGGGAGAGCAUUGAACUCCGAGGGGGUCGAGGUGCCGAGGUUCCUAUCAUAAGGAUCUCAAAGUACCUAAAGGAGGCAAGAGACUUGGGAUGUAAACCGUUUGAUGGAACGGGAGACAUCUCCGUGGCGGCCGAGUGGAUCAAGAGAUUCAAUGAAGCGGCCCUUGAUAUGCAGCUGCCACCCCAUAUGAAGAUGAGAGUGGCAACAAGGUUGCUAGAAGGAAUGGCGUCCACGUGGUGGGACGGUGUCAAAGGGAAGUACGGUGAGGCGGUCACUUGGGAGAACUUCAGGCAAGAAUUCUUUAGCCAAUACUACUCCGACUUCGAGGUGAACUUGAAGAGGAGGGAGUACACGAAUUUGACCCAAGGAGGGGAAUGCACGGUGAAGGAACUUGAACACAAGUUCAGAAAGCUUGCUGAGUUCAUACCGGAGUACAUUUGUGAUGAAAAUCGGAUGGUGAACCAUUUCUGGGAUGCCUUGGACCUUGACAUACGUGAGAGGGCAACACAAUUGCCUAAUAUGACAUUUAGUCAAGUGGUGGAACAAGGUUUAAAGGGAGAGAAGGAGUGGGAAGAGAGGAAGCGAAGAAAUGCCGAGGAGGCAAAGAAAAGAAAAUGGGAGAACCAUGGCCCCCAAGGUUCAAACAAGAAGAUGAAUCACGGGGGAGGAGGAUCCUUCAGGGCACCCGCACCACCAUCAAGGGGGAAUCCCAACAUGGGUGGGCAAAACUCGGGGUUACAAGCCUCGACGAAGCCUAAGUGCAGGAAUUGCAAGAGAAAUCACGAGGGCAAAUGUCGUGAUCCCCCACGGUGCUACCAAUGCGGAGAUACGGGGCACAUAAGGCCUAAUUGCCCUCAACUUGGUGGGAACCGGUCAUCAGGACCAAACGUGACAACCACGGUGAGUAGAAACCGGGGUGGGGCACCCAAUGCAAGCACGAACCACGGCGGGGCAAGUACAAGCAACGCACCCUCCGUGAACCAAGGAAGGACUCAAGCGAGAGUGUACGCAAUGACCGAGGUCGAUGCUCGGGCUAAUCCCGACUCCGUCGCAGGUAAUACACUUAUUCUGGUCAUUUCUAGGCUUACUUUGAUCAUAUACGUCGUUGGGAUUGAGUACGGGCCACCCCGGGGUCAAACCGGGUGAGUUAGGCCUAAUCGGGCUGGAAACAGCCACUGCUGGCCAGGCACGCCCGCAGGCACGCCGUGCCUGGCAUCGUGCCUGGAAGGCAGUGGCACCCGAAGAAGAGAAAAAAAAAAAAAAAAAAAUUUGGGCCAGGCACGGCCGCAGGCACGCCGUGCCUGGCGUCGUGCCUGGAAGGCAGUAUCGCCCGAAGAAAAUUUGGCCAGGCACGGCCGCAGGCACGCCGUGCCUGGCACCGUGCCUGGGAGGCAGUGGUGAGCAGGAAGAAUCCGAGGCACGCACGGCCGUGCGUGCCACCCAGGCACGCCGUGCGUAGGCCCCAGAACCCGAAAAUCGAAUUUUUUUCCGCUCCGUUCUUCUACGUUUGGACCCCCGAUUGAUUCCAAACAUUAGUAUGAACCUAAUAACCUCCUAAUGAUGUGUAAAAACAUUAGAAAAGGUAUCCCACAUGGUGUAUAAAUGUAGGAACAUUAAAGAUCAAUGGUAGGUAUGCGAGGAUCCUCAUCGAUACCGGGGCACAACGCUCAUUUAUGAGUGAGGCGUUCGCCGAGGGCCUUGACGUGCCAUUGACACCUGUGAUGCAAACGUUGCUAGUCUCCACACCGUUAGGAGACGAUGUGGAGAGAAAUCAUUACUAUCCAUCAUGUGAGGUGGAAGUGACGGGUCAACCCUUGACGUGUGAUUUCGUACCGCUGAGUAUGAUGGAGUUCGAUGCAAUCCUAGGGAUGGAUUGGCUAGAAAAGCAUCAUGCUAGGGUAGAUUGCUACACAAAGGUCUUGGGACUCGAAGGCAAUGAUGGGGAUACCCUACGCUUCGAGGAGGACCGAGGCAAAUCAAACAGCUGUAUCAUAUCCGCUGUGAGAGCGAGAAAUAUGAUGAGAAAGGAAUGCCACGCUUAUCUAGCAUACGUGGUUGACAAGACCAAGGAGGAAACGAACAUCGACGACGUGAGGGUGGUUUGUAAGUACCCGAAUGUCUUCCCAAAGGACCUGUCGGGGCUUCCACCUGAUAGGGAGAUUGAAUUUGUGAUCGAGGUCGAGCCCGGCACCAAACCAAUCUCCAUACCGCCAUACCGUAUGGCGCCCGCUGAACUUAAUGAGUUGAAAACCCAAAUUGCAAGAGCUUUUGGAUAAUGGCUUCAUUAGACCAAGCCACUCCCCGUGGGGCGCACCGAUUCUUUUUGUGAAAAAGAAAGAUGGGACACUUCGAAUGUGCAUUGACUAUCGUUAACUGAACAAGGUCACAAUCAAGAAUAGGUAUCCUUUGCCUAGGAUUGAUGACUUGUUUGAUCAACUACGAGGAGCAACUGUGUUUUCAAAGAUUGACUUGAGGUCAGGGUACCAUCAAUCGAAGGUUAAGGAAGAUGACUUACCAAAGAGUGCUUUCCGCACAAGGUAUGGGCAUUUUGAGUUCCUUGUUAUGUCGUUUGGGUUAACAAACGCCCCAGCAGCAUUCAUGGACUUGAUGAACCGAGUAUUCCAUAAAUACUUGGAUCGAUUCGUGAUUGUGUUCAUAGAUGACAUUUUGAUUUACCCAAAGAGUAAGGAAGAGCAUGAAGAGCACUUGAUACUCGUUCUUGAGACACUACGGGAGAAGCAACUUUAUGCUAAAUUUUCUAAAUGUGAAUUUUGGCUAAAGGAAAUUGGCUUUCUCGGGCAUGUGGUUUCGGGAUCGGGAAUUGCUGUUGAUAAUAAGAAGAUAGGGGCCAUUACCGAAUGGGAGAGACCAAAGAACGUCAAGGAAAUUCGUGGUUUCCUUGGGUUAGCAGGCUACUACAGGAAGUUCGUGUAGAAAUUCUCCGUUUUGGCAUCACCAUUGACAAAGCUCACUCGUAAAGGAGCUAAGUUUGUAUGGGAUGACAAAUGUGAGAAAGGGUUCAUUGAACUAAAGAAGAGAUUGAUCGAGGCACCGGUACUUGCAUUACCCAAACAGGGUGUGGGGUACGAUGUCUAUAGCGAUGCGAGCAUCCAAGGGUUUGGGUGUGUGUUGAUGCAGGAGGGGAGAGUAAUUGCCUAUGCUUCACGACAGUUGAAGAAGCAUGAGGUAAAUUACCCUACCCAUGACCUGGAGCUGGGAGCAGUAGUGUUUGCACUAAAAAUUUGGAGACAUUAUCUCUACGGAGAGACAUGUCACAUAUAUAAUGAUCAUAAGAGCUUGCUUAGUGAAUUAGCAUCGUGACUAGAGGAAGCCUCGAGCACGAUGAAGAAUGACUGGAGGAAGCCUCCAGCAUUCGUGUAGGACGACUAGAGGAAGCCUCUAGCGUAACGUAAUGUGACUGGAGGAAGCCUCCAGCACAACGUAUGUAAGGUGAUUAGAGGAAGCCUCUAACACCAAUAGAAAAGUGAAGAAACUGAGGAGCAAAGAGGUCCCAAUGGUUAAAGUACUUUGGAAGAGCGAUCAGGUCGAAGGGAAGACAUGGGGAAGCAGAGGCUUUGAUGAGGAAGCAGUAUGCUUUCCUAUUCAAGUAGAGCUGUGAAUUUCGGGGACGAAAUUCCUGUUAAGGGGGGGUGAACUUGUGACACCGCACCCGAACGUCCUUGAAAAAUUCAAGUUAAAAAUUCAAAGUUUACGUAUUGAAUUUCUGAUUCCCAAACAAUUGUAAAUGAUUGAUGAUUUUACGUAAUUAAUGAUCGAUUAUUUUACCGUCCGAACUCGCAUAUUAGUGUCGGGCUUGUGAAUACUCAUUUGGGCCUUAUUAAUAAAUAAAAUAGCCUAACAUUAUCUAAGUAGCGAUACAUAACGUUUCAGGACAAGUUGAAGAAGGGCGGGCAGCCCAGAUAUUAUUUUGGGCUCAACCCGCUAAAAUAGCAAGUAUUCGAGGACGGCGUCGUAGGCCCACUCGGGGGCGACCCACACGGCUAGUAGCCCGAUAAUAUGGAUAACAAAUGUCAAAAUAAGUGAUAGGAUGAUUUGAGAUGAAUACAAAUGCCUAUGAUCCCAUCUUUGACAUUAUUGAGCUAAAUAAUGGGAAUAUGAUUGUCCUUCUAUAAUGUCCAUCAUGUAAAUAAUUGGGAUGAGCCUACACAUAUUGGAGAUCAAUAAUGUGAUUUAGGAAGUUGACUUGUUCUAAAUAAAU